AUGACAAAGAGGUGUCAAGACCAGUCACCAGGCAUCUACCAGGCAUCCACCAGGCAUCCACCAGGCAUCCACCAGGCAUCCACCAGGCAUCCACCAGGCAUCCACCAGGCAUCCACCAGGCAUCUGCCAGACAGCCAUCAGGCAAGGGAGCCGUAUAUCCCCUUCCGCCACCCCCACUUCUUCAACCAGCUGUCGUGCGGCCUGGACCUCGUGUCCCUGGCCGGCGAGUGGGUGACGGCCACGGCCAACACGAACAUGUUCACCUACGAGAUCGCCCCCGUCUUCAUCCUCAUGGAGCAGGUCGUGCUGCAGAAGAUGCGGCAGAUCAUCGGAUUCCCUCAGGGCGAUUCCAUCCUCGCGCCCGGCGGGGCAAUAUCAAAUCUGUACGCUGUGUUGUGCGCUCGGCACAAGAUGUUCCCCGAUUGCAAAACCAAGGGCAUGAAGGCCAUGCCGCAACUCGUCUUCUUCACUUCUGAACAGAGUCAUUAUUCGAUGUUGGGAGCCGGAGCGGUGAUGGGGAUCGGGACGGAGAACGUGGUCGAAGUGAAAUGCGACAUGAGGGGGAGGAUGCUGCCGGAGGAGCUGGAGAAGGCGGUGCUGAGGGCGAGGGGGGAGGGGAAGACGCCGUUCUUCGUCAAUUGCACCGCGGGGAGCACCGUGGCGGGGGCCUUCGACCCGAUCCUUCCCGUCUCGGAUAUCUGCCGCAAAUACAAGCUCUGGCUUCAUGUCGACGCUGCAUGGGGCGGAGGUCUUCUCCUGUCCAAGAAGUAUCGAUACAAGUUCGAGGGCCUUGAAAGGGCGGACUCGGUGACGUGGAACCCUCACAAGCUGAUGAGCGCCUUGCUUCAAUGCUCCACGGUUCACUUCAAGGAGGAUGGGCUGCUGAUUUCGUGCAACCAGAUGUCGGCCGAUUACCUUUUCCAGCAGGACAAGCACUAUGACGUGACCUAUGACACGGGGGACAAGGUCAUCCAAUGCGGCCGCCAUAACGACAUCUUCAAAGUUUGGCUCAUGUGGAGGGGCAAGGGGAUGGACGGCUACAACAACCAAAUGAACCAUCUGAUGGGCAUGAUGGAGUACCAGGUGAAGCGGAUGAAGGAGGAAGGCGAGAAGUUCCACCUGCUCAUCGACCCGCCGGAGUGCGUGAACGUGUGCUUCUGGUACGUGCCCGAGAGGCUCCGGGGCAAGGCCAAGGACAAGCACUGGCAGGAGGAGCUCGGCAAGAUCACCGCCAAGCUGAAGGGCCGGAUGAUGGACAAAGGGAGGAUGAUGAUCGGCUACCAGCCCCUGGGCGAGUGGCCCAACUUCUUCCGGAGCAUCGUGAGCAACCCGGCCGUGUGCAAGGACGACGUCGACUACAUGCUCGCGGAGCUCGACCGACUCGGGCACGACCUGUAGGUCGGUCGGCGGCCGACGCACCCUCAGGGAAGGAGAGCCUGUAGCGACCGUGUAGCAAAAUGUAGGAAAUUCGAAACCGGUGACGUGCUUCCAGUGUGAUAGAGCCGACGAGAGCUUUUAGCCGUUGGUGUUAGUCGUGAAUCUAGACGUGCGAACGCGUGGAACGGAGUCAAAGGUGCUAGACGUUGGACCCCGUUCACACGGAACGGAUCGUAGCGGACGGUGGGACUUCUUGCAGUGCCUCCGCAGAAAAAAGGGCAUUUAGCGAUCAGUAUCCUCGUUAUUCGUGUAGGUCUCGCAUAAAAUAUUCGCAUAUUCGUCGUCUCUCGUGCAUAACCACUCACAACCGCGCACAACCGCGCGUGUGCCAAAACGACAACAAAAUCACGCAUCGUCUUCCAAUUUUUCUGAUGCAAUUUCUCUAGUUAUCGACGUGGUACGAAUGGGUCUGUGAUAAAAAAAUUCCUGUUAUAUAUAUAUGUGGGC